AUGGCCUUCAACUUCAACUGGUCGCCCCUCACGGCCGACGCUGAUUUCUAUCAGCGCGCCAGGGACCUCCUAACACAGGCGCUCAAUAAGUCGCCCAAGCCUCCCAUCAUCGUCGACGACAUCCUCGUCAGCGAGUUCAACCUCGGCACCGUGCCCCCCGAUUUGGAGAUCCUUGAGAUUGGCGAUCUUGCCGAAGACAGAUUUCGUGGCAUUUUCAAAAUGUGCUACUCGGGCGAUGCCUUUUUGACCCUCAAGACCCGCGUCCAGGCCAAUCCACUCAACACCUAUCUCGACUCAAAACCGUUGUUUACGUCACCACAGCCGUUGGCUGCCGCUUCCGGCUUAACAAUACCUGUUGCAAUUAGCUUGUCCGAGAUUAAGCUCUCUGCCUUUAUCAUUCUAGUCUUCUCCAAGCAAAAAGGCCUGACCCUGGUCUUCCGCAAUGACCCCCUUGAAUCCCUCAAGGUCUCGUCAACAUUUGACUCGAUUCAGUUCGUCCGUGACUAUCUGCAACGCACCAUCGAGCAGCAACUGCGCAAUCUGAUGAUGGAAGAGUUACCUGCCAUCAUCCACCGUCUGUCGCUGCAGUUUUGGUGCACCGACCAGGCACAGAAGGGUACCCAGACACCAACUGCCGAUGCUGACAACCAGGGCUUGGACCCUUUCGCGAGUCCUCCUGCAGAUCCUGUCGAUUCCAACGGCAAUCUGCUAGACCUCAAUGCCAUGUCCGAGUUGACUCUGCACGGCGGAGAAAUGCAAUAUCUCUUUUCGCAAAAGAACUUGCUACGCCUCGCCGCUUUGACCGAUUCGAACCGCACCUUGUCGCUUUUCACCCCUGGAAUUCGCGACGUUGUCUUCCGCGCCUGGUCUGGCCACGGCGACCACUCUGAUGUCACAAGCCCUGCUGUGGCUACACCGAGCCUGGCCAAGACGUACUCGCUCACGGGCGGUGCCAGCACUACAUACACCUUUUCCGAUACGGGUAGCGCCUCUCAUGGGUAUAUGCCGUCACGACCAUCGCUAUCUACCCUCAGCGCAGGCCACACCCCCCUCACUGCCUCGGCUUACCGGUCUCGUCCCGGUCGCAAGAAGAAAACUCGAGUCGUCAACCUCCGUCGCGCCAGGUCCGAGGCCGGCUCCAGCGACAACAUGUCCGACGCGUCGGACACUGCCUCUGUCAAUGUGCCCUUGUCCGAGCCUCUGAUUAUCUCGUCCAUUCCCGAGGAAUCCGAGGAUGGCCGUGCCGUGUCAGAGGAUUUGCAUUCGACCAAGGUCCGCUUCACGCCAGAAAGCAGUGCCAAGGAGCGCGCUCAAGAAAAGACAAGCAACGACCACAUCAAGUCGCACCACCUCAACUCCAAGCAUGUCAAGUCUCCCCUCUCCCAGAUCCACGAGGCUGGCGGGGAGACGUCCCCAGUACAGUAUGCUAAGGAGAAGCUCGCCAUGCGCGACAGCGCUUCCGCUACCUCCGAUACGUCGUCCGUCAUUCUCGAGCAGGCCUGGAUCAUGAAAAUGGCCGGCGAAAUUGCCCGUCGCGUCUAUGAUGAGAAGCAGCACCACGCUGCUUCCGAUGAGGCCUGGGAGGGGGGCGAUGAGCGCCCUCCGCCUCCUGCUUACGAGGCUGCCAACUAA